CUAGCUAUCUUUGCAUUUAGUUUUCGUUAUUGUUAACAUGAAAUUGAAAAGCUUUUCGUAAAUCAGCAAAAUUAUAUGUUGUUUAUGUCAUUUAGAAAUAUGUAAAGUUAUAGGCAUCAGAGUGCACAAAGCAAAAUUUGCAUUCAUGAGUGGUAGCAAUGUUGUUAAAUUUGCUUUCCUUGAUGAAAGUCAUAAACAGUCACUGGAAAAUUUAUUGAUAAAUUUUCUGAAAGACAGAAAAAUAUUCCUGAGGUUCUUGCUAGUUUCCACCAAAUCCUUGCUGAAAUCUUUUGGUGCUUGACCCUUCCUUUGACAUUUCGAUACGAAACGUUAUAUAAAAAUUCGUUUAUUUUUCCUAGUAAAAUUUUACUUAGAUUCCAAGUUUUAUUCUAUUUCAUUGUACAUCAAGAAAUUUAGUAUAUCUAACAUCAACUUCAUAAUCUGUUUCAACACAAUCAGCCGUCACAGACAGCAAGUGAUUUUCCAUAGAGUCACGUGAUCCGUCGAACUGUUUCGAUUUGACGUCAUAUGUGUUAAGAAUCCUAUAAAUCGAGCGCCUCUGUGUUCUGAGCUAAGUUCAAGGUUCGAACGCUUUAUGGCAGCACUGUUACUUUAUAUCAACGAGUUCAUAUUUCGUUCGAUUUUGUGCAUACAUGGUGCAUGAUGUCUUCAUAUAAUUCGCAAGAAACCAUUGUGAAAAGCUCUAUAAGAAGAUAUGAAAAUGAUUUGGCAGAAAUGGAAUUGGAAUUGUCCAGCGUGGAACGUAUCAAUCUUGUUUUAACCAAAAAAAUUGAAGAAGUGGAGGAGAAAGAUAGGAAAAAGAAAGAAGAGCUAGAGGCACAAUUUGAGAAACAUGAGAGAACCCAUUUGCGAGAUAUGCUAAAUAUUCAGAAGGAUAUCAACGUAGAGCUGCAGCUUCAACAGCCUGGAAAAGUGAAGAAACUGAAGGAAGAAAAGCGAAAUCUGACAAGACGGUUAAUGUCAGUGCAGUUGAAACUAAGCGAAAGCCAAGCAAAGUAUGAGAAAAUGCAAGUAAAAAUGAGGGAGCGAAAAAGCAUCGAUGAAGGUAUUAAGAGUACACUAGAUUGUUGGAAACAAGACGAAAAGGACCUGGUUACUAAGGGUAAUCGACUUGAAGCAAAGGUAAGAAGUCUGAAAAAGAGAAUUAGUGAAACAGAAAGGAGAACAGCUUUGAUUGAAGACGAACUGGCACGAUGUGAAGCGAAAUUUAAUGAGAUGGAUAAGGAGGAGAAUACCGCUAAUUAUGUUAGAGAAAAACAUGAAGUUGAUGGGAAUUUGCAAAUAGUGAAGCAAAAAUCACAAUCUCUCACGUUUUCUAAUGCAGUUAGACCUGUCGAAAAUGGCAAACAUAUCGAGAAAACAUUUUGGUCUCAUUUGAAAGACAGUAUAAAAUUGAAAAGAGAGGCUCGUGAACCAGUGAAUGUAAACGAAGCAACAGCAGAGGUGUGUAGUGAAAUAGUCCCUGAAAUCUUUAUUGACCACGGAGAACUUGAAUCGCUAGAAGAAGAGAGAAAAAAAGAUAUCUUCAAACCAUUGAAACAGCUACUGGAUCUAGCCAAAGCGAAUUUGAAGCUGGUGAAUGUAAACAAGACAUUGUGUACAGAAACAAAAUUUCAGGUUGAGCAGAGUGGAGCACUGGGCAGUUAUUUGGAACAGCUGAUGGAAAUGGGGACCAAGUAUCGAAAAGAGGCUGCAAAAAGAGUACAGAAGAUGGAGAUGAAAUUAAAGGAAGCAGAAAAACAGACAUGUGAUAUAGUUGAUAUAAAUUCAGUUACCAAAACAUCAAAUAAUGAGGUUUUGCUCGAGGCAAAUCUUGAAAGAUGAAGAAAGAAAAUAUUAGCAUUUCAACAGUUUAUUUGUAUAUAUAGGUUUCUUAGCUUCCUAAUUACUUGUAUUCUUUUAAUUACCAUCAUUAUAAAUUGCUCGAAGAAAUCAUUUUAGAAUUUGUUUUUCUUCAAAGCUUAUGCUUUUAGUUGGUGACUUGUUUUAUUAAAAUCAUCUUGGCCACUCCUCAAAAUAAAAAAGGGAAAUAUUUCUGUCGUAGAAUACAAACUAAAGUUACAUAAGAUGAUCCUAAUUAAUGUAGUAGAAUUUUUAUUCUCCCAUUUGUUGCUGUUUAAGUUAUCACCUCAUGCAAUAUCAAUCAAAAUUGGAAUUUGAGAAUCUACGUUUCUAUGUCCUUUCAAAAUAUAGAUGCAUCCUUCUCUGUCGUUAGCUAUCUCCUUCAAUUGAGUCCUUGAUAAUUUUUUCUCUUUUAGCAACUGAGUUCUUUUUCUUAUCCAUUUUUACACUCAGUAAAGGUAGCAUUAUUCUUCUACUUGCUGAUAGUAAAGCUGGUUGUUAAUUAAAAACUCUAGCAGCUAUUGAGUUCUGCUUCGGUACUUUGCGUAGUGGUAGUAUCUUAUAGUUGUCUAUGUUUGACGUUCUCGCCUUUGUUCAUUUGUGUCGAGAGCUGUUGAAAAUAUUCUGCAAGUUAUUUUUUAUCUUUGUUUGAUUAAAGCUUUCCCUGAUUAAAAUGUUUUUCAUUGAUGUGAACUGCCUUUGAACAAGUCGAAGCUCACCAGGAAUGGUUAGUUUUUGUAAAGAUUAAUCAUGUGACACAGCAGCGUUUUAUUUAAUUGGUAUAUGAUAUUUGGUGUAGUAGAUAUAAUGUUUCAGUUUGAAGCAAUAGAAGCCCCCCGAACAACUGUGAACAACCCUAUACAGAAGUCAAGGGGUUGAUCAGUGGAAUACUGAACUCAUUUGAAUAUUGUUGCACGCAUUACGCUUUAAACACGUUUGCUCGGAUUGAUUUUCC